AUGUCAGAGAUUGCAAUGUCAUGCGGCCCUAUUCAACGUGUUGUUGAUCUUCCCUCGGAGUAUUGGCAAGAGCUUGUAGACUGCUGGAUGUGCCAUGAAGAAGAUUUCACAGAGCUACGAGAAGGGGAUUUAGGAGCACGAGCAGAACAGGCACUGAUCGGUGGCACUUAUAUCCUAAUCCAUGCUACAGACGUGGAUCAAGAUGCUCUAAUAAUUGAAGAUGAUGCACAGGUUAUUGAUUUGUGGAUGUUGAACUGGGACUCUACCACUAUUACUAAUCAGGAGCCACCUCGGGAUUCUCAGAUCGUCUGGGAUACUUCGCUACAACCUGAUCUAGUUUCCGUAAACUUAGAUAUCAAUCAUCCUUCUACAAAAGUAUCUAAAAUGAUGAAGGUUUUAUUCCUUGGAGCGCUCUCCCGAGAACAGGAGGAUAUUCAAAAGAAAGAAGGGGCUUACUCUGCGGAAUUGAAGCUAUGGGAUAAGUGGCGUGGUGAUCCUGGAGUUGAAAGGCUUCAGUUCCAAAAGCCUUUAUUGUUAGGAUUUUUGACAAUGUUGGAGCAGAGUAGUAUCUGUCAACCACCGUCAGUGAGUAGUGCUGCAUCCACUUUCCUGGCUAUGGACUGCAUGCGAAUAGGAUCUAUUCCAAUUUAG